GUUGAAUUUUCAUGCUUCCCGAUUGUUUACAAAUCCCGGAGUUACUGAAAUUUUCUAAACUUUGUUUGAGUUUUAUCCCGAAGUUUUAAUUCGUGCGUCUAAAAGUUGUUCUUCUAUUCAUUAGAAAUAAGUCUAGGUAAUGCUUUAACAUGGUGAAACUAUCUCCCGAAUUGAUUUCACAAUGUAUGCAGUAUACAAAUCCUGUCCACGACAGAGAGCUAGAUUUAAGAGGUUAUAAAAUACCUAUAAUUGAAAAUUUAGGUGCAACUUUUGAUCAGUUUGAUACACUAGAUCUCUCGGAUAAUGAUAUUCGAAAGUUAGACGGUUUCUGUUUUUUGAAGAGAUUGAAAUGUCUUCUCUUAAAUAAUAAUCGCAUCGUGCGAAUUGCAAAUGGCUUAGAAGAAUUUAUUCCAAAUCUAGAGUCUCUGAUCUUGACAGGAAACUUGAUUGAUGAGUUAUGCGAUUUAGAUCCCCUCAGCACACUGCCAAAACUCACCACACUUAGUUUAUUGUAUUGUCCUGUUACAACAAAACAGCACUACAGGCUGUACGUUGUGUACAAGAUUCCUCAACUGACGCUUCUGGAUUUCAAGAAAAUACGACUAAAGGAAAGAGAAGAGGCCGCAGCUUUGUUUAAUAGUGAUUAUGGGAAAGAAAUGCGCAGAACCUUGGAAAAAAGAUCGAAGGCCAAAACAUUUGUUCCUGGAGCUCCUCUUAGUAGACCUGCCAAUGGAACAUCCAAUGGUCCUUCAUCGGAACAAAUUCAGAAAAUUAGAGAAGCUAUUUCAAAGGCUUCAUCUUUGGAAGAAGUCGAACGACUCAAUAGACUCUUACAAGCAGGACAAAUACCUUCAAACUCUAAAAAACCUGAAGGUAAUCAAAACAUUGGAAACAAUGAAGAAGAAGAAGAGGAAGAAGAUGAAGAAGAGGAGAAUGAGGAUGUUGAGAUGAAAGAAGAUCUCACCAAUGGCCACUACUGAUAAGUGAAGGCUCGAUCAAGAUAACAUUUGUGAACAUCCUAGAGGUUUUUCAAGCUUGGAAAACAUUUCUCAUCACAUCACUUAGCAGGUUUUUCCCACCCGGUUUUUCUACCAAACCUCGGUUACUUUUCAGCACAUUAAGUUUAUUGCCUCUUUCUUUUGUGCAGGAGGCUUCUAACUUGUUAAUUUGAGUAAGUUAUUUUUAUUUUAUUUUUUAAUUAUAAGAAUAAGGAGGAAAUUAACCUAGAAACUGAGCACUUCUGUUUUACAUCUUCUUCUGAAGUGAAUGAGAAUUGUCUUUUUAACUUGUGUACUUUGUCUGAUCUUAUCUACGAAGACUCCAAUAGCCUGCUAUUUCGAUUGAUCUUAAGAGGAAGUAUUUCCUAACAGUUCUAUUAACAGAAUAUAUUUUUUUCAUUUUGUCAGUCUCCGUAUCAUCAGGUAUUAGCAUUUAUACAAUUGUCCAUGAAUUGUACAGCUGUGUUUUGGUUUAAUAAAUUCAUUUUAUUUGUACAUACA